AUGGAUGACGCCCCCUUCCGCGAGUGGUGCGGGGCAAACAAGGUGCUGUGGCCCAAGCUGGCGGUCGGCUCGGCGCCAGGCACGGGGCGCGGCGUGCUGGCGACAGAGGCCAUCCACGAGGGCGAGGUGGUCGUGGAGGUCCCCGAUGACGCCGUGCUGAUGGCAGAGAAUUGCUCCAUCGCGGAGCUGCUAGCAGAGGCCGGCCUGGCCAAGCCCGCGGCGGACGCGCUGCUUGAGGUGCAGGGCCUGGUGGUGGCGGUGAUGGCGGAGCGCGCCCUUGGGAUCGCGUCGCGGUGGGCCCCUUACCUGGGUUUCCUGCCGGACAGCAUGGACCACAUGCCCGUCUACUGGCAGCCUGAUGAGCUGGCGGAGCUGCGGGGCACCGCGGCCCUGGACAAGCUGGAGGGCCGCGUGCAGCACCCGGCCGACGCGCCGACGCGCGUGGAGGAGCUGUUUGGCGCGCUGGUGGUGCCCCUGGUGGAGGGCGACAAGGGCCUGGCCAAAGCGCUGCUGGGCCCCAAGGGUCUGCCCUCCAAGGGCAAGGCCGCGGAGGAGGCCAAACAGCGGCUGCUGCAGCAGUACAAGUGGGCCACGUCAGCGGUGGCGUCCUACUCGUUCAUCCUAGGGGACGAGCAGUUCCAGUCCAUGUGCCCAGUGUGGGACCUGCUCAACCACGUCACCGGCCGCGCCAACGUGCGGCUGCGCCACGACGCCGCCCGCGGUGCGCUGCAAAUGGUCGCCACCCGGCCUAUCGCGGCCGGCGAGGAGGUCGUCAACAACUAUGGCCGCCUGUGCCCGCUCAGUUCCUGA